CACUGAACAAAGGUUUCUGGGUAGCGCGAGUCUUGGAAAGAUGGCUGCUUCCACACAGCGAUUGCUGUCCUUCGUAAACAUAAAAAAUGUUAGGGUGAUUCUGGCACCACUGAGAAUCUCAUCUGUCCCAGUUCAUCGAUAUGGGGCCCAGGUUUCUGAUACCGGAGAAAAAAUUACUCAUACGGGACAGGUUUAUGAUGUGAAAGACUACAGACGAGCCAGAUUUGUUGAAAGACAAAAAGAGGUUAACGAGAACUUUGCAAUAGACCUGGUUGCAGAAGAGCCUAUCACAGAGGUGGAAAGCAGAGUUAUCUCUUGUGAUGGGGGAGGAGGAGCUCUGGGACACCCCAGGGUCUAUAUUAAUCUGGACAAAGAUACUAAAGUGGGAACAUGUGGAUAUUGUGGUCUUCGUUUCAAACAGAAGCAUCAUCACUGAAGCAGGCUCUUGCAUAGUUCUCAUCUUCAUAUACCUGAGCUGAUCUGAAAAUAAAUUAUUUCAAAU